AUGGCCCAACCCUUAUCAACAAGUCUAAUGGCAUGUCUGCUCCUUCUUUCAGUUGGAGUGAAUAGCCACACGCUUAUGCAGAACCCCAUUCCUUUCCCAAGUCAACUCCGGGACAACGGUCCAGUAGCCAACGAUGGCUCAGACUGGCCAUGUAAAGGCGAAGUGGAUUACGAUUGGUCCGGCGUAUCCAACAUCUGGGAGAGGGGCUCAAAGCAGCACUUGCGGGCCAUGGGAGGCGCUUCCCACGGCGGCGGCUCGUGCCAAAUCUCGGUGACACGGGACCUUAAGCCCACAAGGAAGAGCCAAUGGAGAGUUAUCCACUCCAUCGAGGGCGGCUGUCCGAUCCGGAACCUCACCGAGGUCAACUACGGAGAUUCUCCCACGGUCGUCCUGCCCAGCCUCUACAACUUCACCGUCCCGGACUGGCUACCCGUAGGACCGGCCGUUAUGGCGUGGACAUGGUACGGUCGCUGGAGCGUUCCCGAAAUGUUUAUGAACUGCGCUCCCAUAGUGGUUCUGGGACAAGAGACGAACGCAGACGUCACCGAACAGGAGCGGGCGGCAAAGUUUGACCAGGCACCCCUCGUGUUCGAGGCGAACAAUGGCAACGGCUGCUGGACACAGAACAAGGGCAGCUGCGUGAAGUUCCCCAACCCUGGCGAGUCUCUCGUGGUCAACGAGGAAUGUCCCCUGUACGAGGAGACGAUGUUUACGGGAAAGUGCGGGCCUGAGAGGAGUUUGGGUAACCUUUGGAGCUGGCCGUCACAAUGGACCAUGUUCAGUGGCGGCGCCAUUGCUGUUUUUCUUGUUCUCGGGGUCAUGCGCGUUGUCAGGACUUGGCGCGGAAGGCAGAAAUACGGGCAUCGUAAGCUUAUAACUGACGAUGUCUAA